GGAGGGUUCGGGACAAUGGGGGACCCGGGUGGUCCGGCGGGCACCGGGGGCUUCGGGGCACUGGGGAGUCUGGGGGUCCCAGCGGGACUGCCGUGCACACGUGGGGGUCUGGGCUGCGGUGCUACGGGGCUGGGGGCGGGUCAGGGGGGAGCCCGGGCCGGGGUCCUGUGGGGGCUGACAUGCCCCGGGUGUCUCGGAGGGACUGAUGAGCACCGCGGGGGCCGGGGCAGGGGCAGGCGGGGGUCCCGAGGGAGGAGGGCGCGCCGAGGAGCAGCCCUGGGGCCCGUGGGAUGUCCCGGGUCGGGAACCGCGCUCGGUGCUCCCGCGGUCUCUGGGCAGGGGUGCGGGGUGUGCCGGGGGAGGCGGCGGGAUGGGACGGGGUGCGGGGGUGGGCGGGGGGCAGCGCGGGGGCUGACGGCCCCUCCAGGCUCCUGGGUGGAGCUGCGCUAUGGCCCAGGCUGCCCCGAGCCGGCACCCUCGCCGUUCUCCUGCCACGCCGACGUGGAGCGGAUGCUGCUGGAAGCCCAGCUGGAGACGGAGAGCGGGGACGGGACCCUGCUCGUGCUGGACGCUCCAGCCUGGGAUGACAGCGGAGCUGGGCAGGCGAGCGAGCAGUCAGAGGAGAGCGAGGUCCUGCCUGCACACAGCCAGCCCCCACCGGGCUGCCCCCACCCCCGGCAGGUAAGGGAGCUGUCCCCUACCCCACCCUGCUGCGCUCCUGGGCCCUGCUCUGACCUGCCCCGUGUCUCCUUGCAGUGGGAUAUGCUGGAGGAAACCAAGCGGAGACAGCGACUCCUGCCAGCGUCCCUGGGCUGGGCCUGCACCCGCUGCCCCCGGUACCUGUCUCCAAAGGAAUUUGCCUUUGUGUGCUCCCCCCAGCCUGUGCUGUGGAGCCUGCAGGGAGGUGCAGUGGGGAGGAAGAAGAGACUUUUCAGUUCAGAGCUGCUGCUGCUCUUCAUCCCCUCGCUGCUGCUCAGCCACCUCCUGACCCUGGGGCUGGGGAUCUACAUUGGGAAGCACCUGGCAGCCACCUCGGCCAACCCCCUGUGAGGAGCAGGGCCGGUGCUGCCCCGCUGGGUGUGCAGGGGGAGCCUGGCCCCUCACAGCCCCACCGCUCCCAGGCUCCGUGUCUGGCACAAGGUGCCACCUCCCCCUGUACCUCCUGUAGCCCCCCCCUGGGAGCUGAUCCCCCUCUCCCACGUAGACAGGAACCUGCUGACAGCAGCACCCGGCCGCAGGCAGCCCCUGCCCUCCCCAGCCCCUGGUUACGGGUCCCCUGUAACGCAGACUGUAAAUAUGACUGAGCCCCUGUGAAUAAAGAGCCCUGUUCCAGCUUGGGGGCCCAGCAGUGA